UCACGGCUUGUUCUGAAUUCACAAGUUGUUUCCGAAAACCAGGACCUUCUUGCACAGCGUUUGGCAGCUGAAACUUCCGAGAUUUCAAAGCGGUGGCUGUUGCUCAAGGCUCUCUCUGCAAAGACUAUUAAUCCUACGAUUCGAAAGCUUAAUUCGAGCUAAGCUAUUGCGGUUCUUCCAAGAAAGAACCGUUUAUUACUGUCAAGUGGAUCCAAGGAAACUUGAGUUGGGGUUUCGAAAAUCUGUUUGGAUAUUUACCAGUUUUUAUGCUAUGUUUUUUAUUCUGUGAGUAUUGGGCAUUUCGCCAUGAGGGGUUCGUCACGUUUGAAGCCCUGAAACCCACUAACUUGAUGAGUGCUUGGAAAGGCUCUUGCUUGCUGGAUAGUUUCUACUUUUCGUGAUUGUAGAGUCGGAAGAUUUUGACAAACAUGGGAACUCCCUUCCGCAGUGGAAUUCUGAGAAAACCGAAUGAGACAAUGAGGCUUAUUGUAACAACUUUUGUUGGAGUUAUAUUUGGCUUCUUUUUGGGAGUAUCAUUUCCAACACUCUCAUUAACCAAGAUGAAUCUUCCAACCAGCCUUUUUCCUUCCAUUGAUCUCACAUAUAUCGAGGACAAGUACUCAGAGCUUUCAACUGGAGCAUUGUUGCAUGCUUGGUCUUCUUUGAAGGGUAAUGGAGUCCACCCCACUCGGCUUUACAAGUUUAAUGAUUCAAAGAUUUGGGUUCCGACAAAUCCGCGAGGGGCUGAAAGACUACCUCCUGGUAUCAUUGCAUCUGAGUCUGAUUUCUUUCUCCGCCGACUAUGGGGUCAGCCUAGCGAGGACUUAACCAUCAAGCCAAAGUAUCUUGUUACCUUCACUGUUGGUUAUGAUCAGAGAAACAAUAUUGAUGCGGCGGUUAAAAAGUUCUCCGAGAACUUCACCAUUCUCUUGUUUCACUAUGAUGGACGGACAAGUGAAUGGGAUGAGUUUGAAUGGUCGAGGAGAGCUAUCCAUGUGAGUGCUCGGAAACAAACCAAAUGGUGGUAUGCCAAACGCUUUCUGCAUCCUGACAUUGUUGCUGCCUACGACUACAUUUUUAUGUGGGAUGAGGAUCUUGGAGUGGAGCAUUUUGAUGCAGAGGAAUAUAUAAAAUUGGUGAGGAAGCAUGGUUUGGAGAUUUCACAGCCUGGUUUAGAACCAAAUAAUGGAUUAACAUGGCAGAUGACAAAGAUGAGAGGCAAUGGCGAAGUUCACAAGGACACUGAGGAGAAACCUGGAUGGUGUACUGAUCCACAUUUGCCACCAUGUGCUGCGUUUGUUGAGAUCAUGGCAACUGUAUUUUCGCGGGAUGCAUGGCGAUGUGUUUGGUAUAUGAUUCAGAACGAUCUGGUUCAUGGAUGGGGUCUAGAUUUUGCUCUUAGGAAAUGUGUAGAGCCUGCUCACGAGAAAAUAGGAGUUGUAGAUGCUCAAUGGAUUGUUCAUCAAAGUGUUCCUUCACUCGGGAACCAGGGACAAGCAGAGAGUGGGAGGGCACCUUGGGAAGGGGUUAGAGAAAGGUGUCGAAGGGAAUGGACAAUGUUCCAAGAACGAAUGGUUAAUGCGGAAAAAGAAUAUUUUAUGGCGAUGGGAAUUGAUGCAACAAAUUCCACAGCUCGUUAGAUUAGAAAACAAUGGGUUGGGAAACUCUGUAAAUUUGCCACUUCAUUGUGCUUGGAGAUGAAGACACUGCACUACUUCCACUCUACUGUUAUUAAUUAUAUUUAUAUAUAUUUUUAUAGCUUUGAACUUUUAAUAUAAACUAUUUCCUUUAUAUGUU